AUGGAUCAGAGUAACAAUGAUGGUGAACAGCAGGGUUCAUGUGGAGAAUUCGAUGCUGUGCCUGAAGGCAUAAUGGAAGACGAAGAUGACGAACAUUUAAUGGUAGAGUUGCAAUGCCUAAAAAGAGAACAGAAUGAACUGUCCAGAAAGCUUCAAAUACUAGAAGACAAAGGAGAAGCAUUGAAGGCUCAGUCUGAGAAGUUUAGACAGGAAGCAUACGUGAAAGAAGGAGAUCUUUCAUUGUUACAAAAGAACCAUUCAGAAAACAUGAAUAUGAUUGAUAUAUUGGAAAAACAGAUUAAGAAGUUAAGAACUGACUAUAGAUUCACAGAAGCGGUACUGAAGUCCCGAACAGCAAGUUUGGAAACGGCAAAAAAGCAGAGUGCAGCCUACGUCAAAGCAAACGAAGUUCUGAAAGAACAGAUACGCGAAUUUGAACAAAAACUAGAGCACAAACAGCGGGAAAGAGACGACCUCCUGUUUAAAGCUAAUACAUUAGAAGUAAUUAAAGCGGAUCAGGCUGAAAAGAUUUCAGAACUCGAACAGAAGUCUUCGCAGUUUGAAGUGUUGAUGGCCGGCUUAAAAAAACAAUUGGAAAAGGAGUCCUCGAAGAAUCAGCAAAUCUGGAAGGUUGCUGAAGCAAACAGACUUGAGUGUCGAGAAGCCAAACGAGAUCUGGAAGUGGCAUUAAAUCAAACAAAAACAUUGUCAAAAAGAACUACGUACCAGCUGCAAGUAAUUAGAAGUCUUCAAGAUCAAGUCAAAAAAUUCAGAAAUUGUAUAACUAAGUUUAAUAUCGAUAUAAAAACAUCGAAAUCAGUUGCAAAACAAUGGGAAGAAGUUAACAAAAACUUAGCAAUGGAACUAAGCUGUAGCCAAAAACGAGAAAAUGAUUUUUUGAAGAAAAUAGCUGAGAGAAAUAAUGAGUUGGAAUUAAGCAAACACAAGAUUGAUAACCUCAUUGAAGAGAAAAACACCUUAAGUUCAAAAUGUCAAGAACUGCAAUCAGAAGUAAAUAUCAGAAAUGAGAAAAUUCAACUUCGAGAACAAGAUACAACGAAAUUACAGCAGCUUCUCUCAGAAAAAACGGAAACACUGAAUACUUUAUUAAAAGAAGUUGAAAAGUUACGGUGUUCUCAAAUUUCACUCGCACAAAAAAAUAAUGAAAUAAAAUUGCUACGAAAUGAGCUAAAUGGUAGCGAACGUUUAUUGCAGAUGGAACAGAUAAAAUGCAAAGCGUUAGAAGAAGAAUUCAAAAAACCUCACAACAUACACAGAUGGAGAGCACUGGAGGGAACUGAUCCAAGUCGAGCACAACUGGUCUUGAAAAAUCUUAGUUUUCAGAAAGUGCUUAGGAAUAAAUGUAAGAAGCUUGAGAAUUUAGAUAAAGAAUUAAAAGAAAAAGAAGAUCUUAUCGAAGAGUUACGUGAUGUAAUUAGGAAACAAGCUGAUUCGAAACCGGAAAAACUUUGGACUUGCAAGAAAGAGCUCCAAGAGUGUAAUAAAAAAAUUUGCAGCCUUUCAGCAGAAGUAGGAAUGUACGAGACUUUAUGUGGCAAGUAUGAGAAAGAAAAUGGACAGCUUAGGGAAGAACUGCAAAAAUUAAAAAAAUUAGACUAUGAAAGAAAGUUGAAGCUGAGAGAAUUAUAA